AUAGAGUCAAGACUUGUGAUGUAUGUUUCAGUGGCAUCUUUUCUUUUAAUAAACCUGUUCUGUAAGUUCUAGCCUAUGUCACGGUCAGAUGGUGUGCUUAUGAAGCUGCUCCGCAGAUCCUCCGAGAAUAUUAUUGGUCCUGCGUGAGGAUCAGUCCAGCUGCAAAGGGCAGGGCAGUUUGCCUCAGAGCAAAAUGCUGAAAAGUUAAUGGCUUGAAACACACUUGGCUUUCGGGGCAGGUCGGGAGAGAACAGCCAGCAAGGUGCUCUCUGCGGGUCAAGUCGUCUCUGAUUUCCGAGCCCGUACUUUGCGACGCUGAGCUCCUGACCACCGGCUUAGUGACUCCGACCCCGUGCCAAGUGCUGGCAGAGGUGGGCCAGGAGACUGCGAAUCUUCCCGCCCAGUUAUCAGCUUUACUGCUCAUUGGGAUCAAAACAGGAAAUGAGCCACUGUGAAUGAUAUAGCAGCAGCCAACUCCCACUGCUCCCUACCCACAGCCCACACAUCAGGCAUUGCACGUAGGACCGGGCUGCUCCCUUCGGAUCAGCAAUUGUCCCGGCUACACGGCAGGUGGAUUGGGACUCAUCUCCACACUUGAAACGGCAGGAUGGCAUCAUUGUUCCGAAGUGAGGAGAUGUGUCUGACCCAACUAUUCCUGCAAGUGGAGGCUGCCUAUUGCUGCAUUUCUGAGCUGGGAGAGUUGGGCUUCAUGCAGUUCCGUGAUCUGAAUGCAAGUGUCAAUUUGUUCCAGCGGAAAUUUGUAAAUGAAGUCAGGCGCUGUGAAGUGAUGGAGAGAAUUCUUCGAUUUCUGGAAAUUGAAAUGGAAAGGGAUGUGAUUGUCGUCCAGGAUGAUGGAGAGAAUCCACAGGCUCCUCUUCCAAAAGACAUGAUUGACCUGGAGGUUGUCCUCGAAAAGCUGGAGCAUGAUUUGAGGGAGGUCAACCAGAACCAGCAGACUCUCAAACAAAACUUUCUUGAGCUCACUGAGCUCAAACACCUGUUAAAGAAAACACAGGACUUCUUUGAGACUGAAGCAAAUUUAACUGAAGAUUUCUUUAGUGAAGACACCAUGCACCUGUUGGAAUUGCAGACUGCAACUGCAGUGAUUGCACCUGGCAGACUGGGGUUUAUGGCUGGUGUGAUUCGUAGGGAGAGGAUGGCUGCCUUUGAACGCCUGUUGUGGAGAGCUUGCAGAGGAAAUGUCUACAUGAAGCAGUCAGAGAUGGAAGUCCCACUGGAAGAUCCAAGCACACAUGUAGAGGUGCAGAAGAAUGUGUUUAUCAUCUUCUUUCAAGGGGAGCAGCUGCGACACAAAGUAAAGAAGAUUUGUGAUGGGUUCCGUGCCACCGUGUACCCGUGUCCCGAGUCUGCCAGUGAGCGGCGAGAGAUGGCUGCUGGUGUGAAGACGCGCAUUGAGGACUUGAAUACAGUUCUUAACCAGACAGAAUCCCAUCGCCGCCGUGUUCUGCAGGAGGCAGCCAAAAACCUGCGGAACUGGCAGGUGAAGGUGAAGAAAAUGAAGGCUAUUUACCACACCCUGAACCUGUGCAACAUCGAUGUGACUCAGCAGUGCCUCAUUGCAGAGACGUGGUGCCCUGUGGCUGACAUGGAUAGGAUCAAGAGGGCACUCAACCAGGGGAAGGAGCGCAGUGGUUCCAGUGUUGAUCCGAUCAUGACUGUUGUGCAGACCCAAAUGGCCCCACCCACCUUCAACAGGACUAAUAAGUUCACAGCUGGGUUCCAGAACAUUGUGGAUGCCUAUGGAGUUGGGACUUACCGUGAAAUGAAUCCUGCUCCCUAUACAAUCAUCACAUUUCCAUUCCUAUUUGCUGUCAUGUUUGGAGAUUGUGGCCACGGAGCAGUCCUCCUGGGGUUUUCCCUCAUCAUGAUCAUUAAUGAAAAAAGCUUUGCUGCCCAGAGAGGUGGCAACGAGAUCUGGAAUACUUUCUUCAGUGGACGCUAUCUCAUUCUGUUGAUGAGCAUAUUUUCUAUUUACACUGGAUUUAUCUACAAUGAUUGCUUCUCAAAAUCCUUCAACAUAUUUGGAUCCUCAUGGCAUGUCCGGGGGAUGUUCCAUAAUGGAACAUGGAAUGAGGCGGUCGUUUCAAAUAACCUGUUACUGCAGUUAGACCCUGCUGUAUCGGGAGUAUUCUCAGGAAACCCCUACCCAUUUGGCAUUGAUCCGAUCUGGAACAUUGCCUCAAACAAGCUAACUUUCCUCAACUCGUACAAGAUGAAGAUGUCGGUCAUCCUCGGUGUCACUCACAUGGUGUUUGGUGUUGUCAUUAGCCUUUUCAACCACAUCUACUUUAAAAGCAAAAUCAACAUUUUCCUUCAGUUCAUACCAGAAAUGAUCUUCAUCUUGAGCUUAUUUGGUUACCUGAUCUUCAUGAUUAUUUUUAAGUGGUGUUAUUACCAUGUUGGGACUUCUCAGUCUGCUCCCAGUAUUUUAAUCCACUUCAUCAACAUGUUCCUGUUCUCCUACAAUGAUUCUUCCAUUGCAUCCUUAUACCACUAUCAGAAGGAGAUACAGAGCUUUUUGGUCAUCAUUGCACUCAUUUCUGUCCCCUGGAUGCUACUCUUCAAGCCUUUUAUUUUGCGAUCAAAUCACAAGAGAGCUCUGCAAGCGUUGGCGACUACUCAAGAGUCGGCAACUACCCAAGAGAAUGUCUAUGUGAAUGUAGCUGAUGCAGACAUGAUGCAGACCCAGCAAAGGAACUCCACUGACCAUGCUGAUGACCAUGGGGACCAACAUGGCGAAGAGUUUGACUUUGGUGAUAUUUUUGUGCACCAAGCAAUCCACACUAUUGAGUACUGUCUCGGUUGCAUCUCCAACACUGCUUCCUAUCUCCGGCUCUGGGCUCUAAGUUUGGCUCAUGCAGAGCUGUCUGAAGUCCUUUGGACCAUGGUCAUGCACAUUGGACUGAGUAGUGCUUCCUGGGGUGGUCUGAUUGGUGUCUUCAUCAUUUUUGCAAUUUUUGCUGUGUUAACCGUUGCCAUUCUGUUAGUGAUGGAAGGAUUGUCAGCCUUUCUUCAUGCACUGCGUCUUCAUUGGGUGGAGUUCCAGAACAAGUUCUACAGUGGAGCUGGCCACAAGUUUAACCCCUUCUCAUUCAAAUCGAUUCUAGAUGGAAAUCCAGAUGAAUGAAAUGGAAUUUAAAAUGAAACAUUGAAACAAAAGACAUCUAAGCUAUAGAUUCAAAAGAUUGUUUAAAUUGAAAUCAAAUCACCCAUGGAUCUUGCUAAUCAAUUAACAUAAAAAUUGUUGAUAUUUAAAGAGACGUACAUCUUAAAAUUUAAAUUUUUCAAGUAUAGGAAUACCAAUAUGCAGGUGAUAUUUUGAGGGGGUUGUGGAGAGAAAGUUAUGGUAAAAUAGAGCAUGUAUAUGGCAAAUGUAUUCAGUAUCCCUGUGUUCAUAUUCGUAUUCUCUGCAUAAAAUGUGACUUUUUCUGGGGGGAGAAACAAAAAUCUAAUUUUGAUUACCUAAAAA